UGCAUGAAGUCAAUUGCAUUCUACAUGUAACAGAUGCUCGCCUGCAAACAUUAUACCUAACACAAAUCUGUGUGCUUUACUACGUAGCUUUCAUCACGUUAAUAGCUAAAACGGUAUAAUAUUGAACGUUUGAAGAAUCAAGGUUACAGCUUAGCAGCCCUAUACACAUCUGAGGCAACAUGACGCGGGGGCUGGACUACUAUGAGGUGAUGGGCCUCACCCGGAGUGCCAAUGACAUCGACAUCCGGCGAGCCUACCGGCGGUUGUCGCUCAAGUAUCACCCGGACAUCAACCAUGAAAAAGCGGCCCAUGAGGAGUUCCUGCGGAUCUGCGAGGCCUACGAGGUUCUGUCUAAUCCCAAGACCAAGGGCUUUUAUGAUUUGUACGGCGAAGACGCCCUUAAGGACGGCUUACCCGAUGGCAAGGGAGGCCUCAAGGGCCCUAUGUACCGCUUCAAUCCCGAGGAUAGCCCCAAGGCCAUCUUCCAGCGGUUCUUCGGGACCAACAACCCGUACGAAGCGCUUGAAGCGCUAUCCAGCCAAUUUGAGGCCAUGACGUCGGAGGAACCGCCGGCCAAGGGAAAGAACAAAGUGUAUCCACUGGAGCUGACGCUUGAGGAAAUUUUCCACGGCUGCCUGAAGAAGGUAACGCACAAGCGCAAGGUGCUGUUAUUCAGUGGCGAGUACAUGGAGGAGGAGAGAACCCUUACGGUGGACGUCAAGCCGGGGCUGCCCACGGGGACGCGCUUCGUAUUUGAGGGGGAAGGCAACAAGACGCCCAAGAAGGAGCCCGGCCCAGUCAUCUUUGUGCUCAAGCCCAAGCCGCACCCACGCUUCGUUCGCCGCGGAUCAGACCUCGUGCACAAGGUGACUAUGCCGCUGCACCACGCGCUAAUCGGCACGUCGGUGGAGGUCCGCACGCUUGACGACCGUGACCUUAAGGUGCCCAUUGCCGACAUUGUCCGCCCGGGUUCCACGGUUGUGGUGCCCGGCGAGGGCAUGCCACUGCCAGCGGCACCCCACGCCCGCGGUAAUCUGAUCUUGGACAUUGAUCUGCUCUUCCCCACGCACCUCAGCGAGACGCAGAAGAUGCUUUUGCGCUCCGCCUUCUUCCUGCCACCACCCACGGAGCAGAACGAAGAGCAGAAGAAGGCGCUGCGAGACUACGAGGCGGCAUUUAAGCAUGAGCUUAAGGGCUGGGCCACCGUGUUCAAACGGUAGAAAGUCUGCUGCUGGUUCUUGUUUGCGGCUGCGUGCGGAUUUGAAGUGCUUGCGUAGGUUUGAAGUGCGUCGGUGUCGGAAGAGUAAUGACCGACGACAGAACUUGAAGAGGAAAGGGGUAGGGUGCCAUAGGAGGUUGCAUGGAGCAGGGACUAGGUGUGGUGUGGGGUGUAGCACAGGUUUGGUGGAUGCGGUGGACUGUGUGCGCCCUUCUGCGCGCGCGUAAGGAUAUUGCAGGCGAGAAAGAUGCGCUGACAAGGCUUUACGGCUUUUUCGGGGUAUAACCCCUCUAGUGACUGGCUGACGAAAGGUUGCAAGUUUCAGUUGCCUCUUAUGGGUCUCGUGCGUGAUGCGCGCAUUGCUGUAUUGUAACAUGUAUGGAAAG